GUACCUACCCGUUGCCUGCUGCAUGCAAUUCACAGGUAUCUCGCGGCGGUCCAUUCUCCAGUCCUCGACGUAUUCAUAUUUUAGUUCAUUCCUUUGUCCAGUCGGUUAUGCAGCAACGCCAAGUUAGUAAGCUGCGCGGGUGAUAAAUGAUUUUUCAAUUUGAAAAUAUUUAGUUAAUUUGAAAACUGUUUACACAAGAGCUACAAGCUAGCAGUGGUGUAUGUGCAUUUAAAAGAGAUACAAAAACAGCUGUUGUAAUGUAUUUUAAUAGAUGUUUAUAAAUAUAUGGAGAAGUUAAGUUUUACCGUUCUUGUUUUGGAAUUACCGCCGCGGUAGAGAGCAGUUGACACGAUUUAUCGAGUUCUUGUUACGACGUACGAAUAAUAAAGUGAUGGUGAAUGUGUUUUGUGUUGACCUGAUGUUAUAAACGGCCUAAUUAUGGGGUUUUCGACCAAUUUACAGGGCAAGAUCGCGCACGAAGCGCUCUUGUCUAGACAAGAGGCCGAAUUGAGACUUUUGGAUUCUAUGAAACGGUGUAUUGUGUCCAAAGUGAAAUGUGAUAGGGAUUAUGCGGUAGCGCUGAGUUCAGUGGCCACGCAAGGGUUGAAAUUUGACAGGAGCGAUGAACUUUCUGGAAGCCUUAUGGCCAACUCUUGGAGGAACAUGAUGGACGAAAUGGAUAAUACCGCUAAAGUAAUACGCCAAAACGCAGACAGCAUCGAGACCAAAUGCUUAGAUACUCUCAAUACCUUGUAUGCCGAAAAACGAAAAGCUAGAAAACUAUACCAAGAAGAACAUGCUAGGAUUUUACAACAAUUUACACAUUUAUCUGACGAAGUUAAUCGAAAAAAGACCGAAUACCAGAAAUAUCUAGAGUUAUACAAACAAAUGAGGUGCAAGUUUGAAGAACACUAUAUUAAAUCUGGUCGUGGAGGGAGAAAAUUGGACGAUGUCAGAGACAAAUAUCAAAAAGCUUGCAGAAAAUUACAUUUAACCCAUAACGAAUACGUUCUACUGCUUUGCGAAGCUGUCGAAUUUGAAAAAGACUUUAGGACUGUGUUACUACCAGGACUCUUGGAAUAUCAGCAGUCCCUUCAAGAAUCAUAUAUUUCCACAUGGAAACAGAUUUUACAUGACGUUGCCACUAAUUCGGAUUUAACUUCUGAGAAGUUCAAAGAAAUUCAAAGAAAAAUAGAAAAUAGUAUUGAAAGUCUUAAGCCUUCCGAGGAAUAUAAUGAUUUCACCGAAAAACACAAAACAACGCCUCAAGAACCAGUAAAAUUUAUAUUUGACGAAAGCCUCGUCGAAGAUUCUGCUGGAAAACUGUUACCUAAUCAACUAACAGUCGAUAAUUUAACCGUAGAGUGGCUGAGAACUAAACUAAGCGAUUUGGAAACGAAUAUUAAAGAAAUUCAAGAAAAACGUACGUCCAUCACAAGUACUGAUAGUUUGGUGAAUGGGAAAACGACGAGCAACGAAGCUAGUAAUAGGCUUUCUAUUAUAAAUAUAGAUACUUCCAAAAAGGAAAUAAACGAAUUAAAAUGCCAAGAGAGGAAGAUGCUCAAACAAACCGAACUGAUAAGAAGUGCCUUAAAUGAAUUAGGUUGCGAGGAAGCUCCCGCCGCUUGUGAUCUCUCCAUAGAUAGUCAAAAUUCAUUCAAUGGUAAUACAGAAGAGGGUAAUGGUUCUCAAAGUACGCUUUCUAAACGUAGUAGGUUCGAGCCUCAGAAGAUAGUUAAAAUGUUACGUAAACCCUUUAGACGAAAAUCAGAUCCUUCGUCUCCUGUUCCUCCUCCACGCAGGAGAAAAGAUUCUGCUACUUGUAGUGAAGGGGGAGAGUCUAGCGUUCAUCUUACCACAAACAAAUCGCUAGUGGAGGAAGAAUGGUUCCAUGGUGUGCUUCCCAGAGAAGAAGUAGUGAGGCUGCUAAGCGUAGAUGGUGACUUCUUAGUUAGAGAAACAACAAGGAACGACGAAAGUCAGACUGUCCUUUCGGUUUGCUGGGGAGGACAUAAACAUUUUAUAGUACAAACCACCGCCGAGGGACAUUUUAGGUUUGAAGGACCGGCAUUUCCCAGUAUUAGAGAACUUAUUUUGUACCAAUAUAAUAGCGAAUUGCCAGUAACAAGUAGAUCUGGUGCCAUUUUACGUAAUCCAGUACCCCGCGAAACGUGGGAACUCAAUAAUGACAAUGUAGUUUUACUAGAUAAAAUAGGAAAGGGUAAUUUUGGAGAUGUAUACAAAGCGCAGCUAAAAAAUAACAAUUCCAUAGUUGCCGUCAAAACUUGCAGAGUAACCUUGCCAGAAGAACACAAGAAAAAGUUUUUGCAAGAAGGCAGAAUUUUGAAACAAUACGAUCAUCCCAAUAUUGUAAAAUUGAUCGGUAUUUGUGUGCAAAAACAACCCAUAAUGAUUGUUAUGGAAUUAGUUCCAGGUGGAUCUCUACUUACCUUCUUACGUAAAAAAGCAACUCUUCUUGUUGAAGGUCAACUUAUGAAAAUGUGCCUUGAUACAGCAAGUGGAAUGAGGUAUUUAGAAUCGAAAAAUUGUAUACACAGAGAUCUGGCAGCUCGUAAUUGUUUAGUAGGUUAUAAUAAUGUAGUAAAAAUAUCAGACUUUGGAAUGUCUAGAGAAGAGGAAGAAUACAUAGUUUCAGAUGGUAUGAAGCAAAUACCCAUCAAAUGGACUGCUCCCGAAGCCCUUAACUUUGGGAAGUAUACUUCUUUGUGUGACAUUUGGAGUUACGGCGUCUUAUGCUGGGAAAUAUUCUCUAAAGGAGGAACGCCAUAUAGUGGGAUGAGUAAUUCCAAAGCUCGAGAAAAAAUCGACACUGGUUACAGAAUGCCAGCUCCAGACAACACUCCGGACGAAAUGUAUCGACUGAUGUUGCGGUGUUGGGAAUACAAACCUGAAAAUAGACCAAACUUUGAACAAGUUUAUAGUGUAGUUGAAACAUUGUGUGCUGCCUACCGAGUGACAUUUUGUUGAUAAAGAUCUUAAUAGUACUUCCAAGAAAACACAAAACCUUCCACAUGGGGAGAUUUCCAAAAGCUUAAAAAAGUUAAAGAGAAGAGUUAUUUUUAUUAAAAUAUCUAAAAACUAAUUAAAGUCAAAUAAAAAUCAGUUAAGAUUUAACAAUGUUAAAAACUUGAUCCCUUAAUAUUUUUUAUUUUCUUGUGCUCAUCAGUGGUUGUCUUAUGUCUUGAUCUGUUUUCGUUUAUCAUUAUUUCAUUAUUUGUUAAUGUUAAAUAUGUGGUUCUGUAGUUACGAAUAUUCACAAAAGCAGUUAUGGUGCAAUAUCUGGUGUAAGGCAAGGUAUAUUUAUUGCCUCACCUCUAAUAUGUAACAUCUACGUGAAGUUUAAGAUAAAUCUGUUGAGGAUGUCGGGAAAUGUCGAGGAAUAAUAAUUAUUGGCUUGGAAAAAAUAAUGAAAUAAAGUAUAUUAUUUGGUUCGCAGGAUCAGUGAGUUAGCAGAGAGACAUCGAUGUGAGUGGAUUACUAGAUAGAUGGUUCCAUUCACACGCUAGUCAGGAAAAUUUUUCAAAUGCAGCAAUAGAAAAUACAGUAUAUUUAGAAGAACUUGUUCUAUAAACGAUCUACGUUAAAUAAAAAAAUCAACCAUAAUUUCACUUGGUCACAAUGUUACAAAUAUUAAGAAUAUUUGAAGUUGUGUAAAGUUUUGAUUGUCUCUAACACAUUGUAAUACUUUAAGGAGAAUUUGGUGAAAAAUCAAACUCAAACUAAUUAUUAACCUUUAAUUAACCAGAAAAAUUAUCUCGAAUAUGGAAAGAACCACUAGUAUUUCAUUAUCAUAACAAACUGAAACUAGCUAGGUAUAUAAAAAACAGAUAUCAUACGUACAUACAAAAAGUAUUGCAAAUAUCACAAUAUAUAGUAUAUUAAACUAACGUAACGGAGAAAUGAUCGAUAGCUCGGCAUUAUUUCCUAAAGUAAUCGGUAUGCCAUUGAUGUCUCUGUAGAUAUUUAACACGUUCACUGCCGACCUCGUCACCGUAGCCAGAUCAACCACAAUUCGACCACGCCAUAGUGAUGCCGAAAAACAUUUGUCUUUCGUUUCUGGUAUUUUAUACCUAGUUUCUAAACUCACAUCUUUCUUUUGGACUUCUUUGAUUUAACUUUAUAAUGUUGUUCAACGGAUGUGUUCUACUAAACGAAAAAUUAACGGAUAUGAUAAAUGGAGCUUCGCAAGCCACACUGCCAGACAGAAAGACCAACGUUGGAAUAAUACAAUACAACAUUGGAGACCUUACGAAAGUAAACGACCAAGAGGAAGACCACAGAUGAGAUGGGUUGAUGACAUUAGAAGAAUAGCCGGAACAAAUUGGAAAUAUGUUGCUCAGGAUAGAGACCAAUGGAAGGAGUUGGGAGAGGUCUAUGUCCAAACAUGGACGACAGAAGGCUAAGAAGAAAGAAGAAAAGAUAUGAUUGGUCAUACUUGGAAGCAUCUAAGAAAAUACAAAAGAAUAUUUAUCGUAAUGAAUGAUAAAAGUAAGUGUUAAAAAACAAAGAAGCUAGGAACAUAAAACAACGGUCUUACUGAGACUUCUUUGUGCUUUUUACAAUUGUUUAGAAUCCAAGAUUUGUUCUGUAUCGCUAAUGCGAAGCAUAGAUUGACGGAAAUAUUGAAACAAGGAAUCAUAAAAAAAUAUUGCAUAAAACUUUAACAAUAUUGACAUUUUUAAUAUAAUUAUAUCGUUGCGACAAUUGUCUAGUAUCCAAUAAUUUUUUUAACAUAUAUAUUGUAUAUUUUACGUUUUUUCUUGGAAGUAUUUUUCAAAUAACUGUGAUGAAAUCCAUGAUCAUGGAUAUUUUAAAUUAAAAAUGGUGGAAGAUAUUAAACUAGAGUUGAGCCAACAAUUUUAUUAUUAUUAUUAUUAUAUUAAUCAGAAUAGCCUCUAUUUAAUACGACAGUGCAGCUUUGGAGUUGUAGUAUGUAAAAAAUUUUAAAUUACUUAAUUUAAAUUUUUUUCAAUUUAUGCUCAAAUAAUUUGAUAUAUUUGCAUGUUCAAAGUGCAAAUAUAAGAUAUUUGUUUUGUUGAAAAUGAAUACUUGAAAAAAAAAACUGGUGUCAUGAUAGCAUUACUAAGAUGGGUUAUUUGAGCAAUUUGUAUGAUUCUCUCUCUGUUUGAUAUUAUUCCGUUUUGUAUUUUGACCUAAAUUAUAUGGCCUGAGGUCAGAAUAUUGUAACAAAUAUUGUCUGUUUGGCCUGAAAUAUAUGUCUUUAAAUUCCAUUUACCACCUGCCUUCUUAGAAUUUUCAUACUUUGUUAUGUUCUAUUGUUCUUGCUACUUUCUCAUAUAUUUCGUGUUUUUACAUCCUUUUUUGUUGUUUUAGAUAUAUUUACGUCUAGUUUGCUAUUUUGUUUGUUUAUAUUUAAUUUUUCCGUGGAUUUUCUUCUUCUAUGUUUUCUAAUAUCUGAAAUGAUUUUGUCUCGAUAUUUGUGACACCAGAAAUAUUUGCACAUUUCAUGUAGGAAUGCUACCAGAGUCUUUAUUUGGUUUGUCCAUCUUCCUUUUGGCCUUCUACCUUUCCUUCUACUAACAAUAGUUCCGUAGUCCAAGUUUUUGUGGUUAUACGCCCAAAAUAAUCUAGUAUUUAUGCUUGGUUCAUUUUUUUUUAAUAGUCUGUCGUUAUCAUUAAGCUCUUCCAGAAUUUUUUUGAGAGUUAAUGUUUCAGCCGCGUAUGUAGGGGAAAAUAAGGACACUUAAUCCUACUUGUUUUUGUUCGGUCUUUCCAUAUUUUAAUUAAUUUAGCGGUUUCUGAUGAGCUAUUAGCCGUUCAACGAUGGUAGUCAUUUCGUUUUCGUUUGCUGCUAGUAUUAGUGUGUCAUUUCCGUAUCGCAGGAUACUGAUUUUUCUGCCUCAUAUAGUGAUCCUUCUAUCCCACUCAUCUAGUAUAGUAGUACCAUCCUUCUAAUAGACUAUUCAGCUCAAAGGAAUGCAAUUGUUCGAGGUGUGAAAUUCUAUAAACAAUGAUCUUCUAAAGAAUGAUCCCAUGUUUAUGCUGAAUUUUAAUGGGUCUCUUAGAAAGAUGGCAGUACUAUACUUUCCGAUUAUAUUCCUAUUCAGAGUAUAUUUUGUAUAAUAAUGAUGAUAGUAUGCAACCCUGUCUAGUUCUUUUUUGUUUUGUUUUGAAUGCAGUUGAAUAAGUGUAUUGUUUACUUUUACUUUCGCUUUUAGUGAGUAUUUAUCAAACAGAUUUUUUAUUAGGUCAACUAGGUAGUUAGGCACUUCCAUAUAUCUCAUUGUACUCCUGAGGUGAUCUUAUUUUACUGAAACAAAAGCCUUUGUGUAAUACAUGAAACAAGGCAGCAUUCGCAUAUUGUCUUCUAUCGCUUUUUCUAUUACCUGUCUGGUGUUCAAUAUCUUCUCACGCGUUCCUUUCCCUGGUACGAAUCUGUAGUGUUCUUCGGCGAUCUUUGGGAGUAGAAAGUUAUUUAGAUGUUUAUAAUUGUACGUAGCCGAAUUAUGCUUGCGUCAGGAUUAAGGGCAAUGGUUCUGUAAUUGCUGCAUACAGUUAGUGAUUCUUUCUUAUGGAUAGAGAUAAAGGUUGAUAUGCACCACUCAUUAGACCAUUUAUCUUAGAUCUGAGUAUUACAUCUACGUCAAUUUCGCCCAUUGCUUUCAGAGUCUCCGCUGGUAUGCCAUCUACCCCUAAGUUUUUUAUUGUUUCUUAAUUGGUUGGGAGCCUUUUCUACGUUUGCUCAUAAAAGAAUUGGUUCUACCUCACCUCAUAGAUUGCAUGUUUUUGUUUUGCUACUGAGACUGAUGCAUCUUUUGAAGUGUCUUUGUACAAAUUGUCUAUAUAAAAAUGAAUGGUGCCAAAAUUAUCAACGACUAAUUUUGAGACUUAUAUAGAGUUGGUUCAACUCUGCUGUUAUAUAAACAUUACUGAAAAAGUAUUGUAUUAGAUCAGUGUUUUAAUUGAUGUUUCGUUUGUUUUUAUAGUUAAUUUUGUGAUCUUUUUGUAAAAAAAUGCUUCUUUUAUUUUCUAUUUUAUCGUGUAACUCUUAAAAACAUGUAACGUAUCAGUUGACAGAGUUAUCAAGCUCUAACAAUGACAUAUAAAGACAAUCUUGUUUAAUGCGAGUAAAAAAAUUAGAUAUUUACUAUUUUUAAUACUCUGAUCAACUGAUAAAAAUAAUCGAUUAUAGAUUAGUUAAAAACUGUGUAUCCAAACGUUGUUGAAAAUAAAAGCAAUAAAAUAAUUUUACUGUG